AUGCGCUAUUACUUAUUCGACGAAGUGGUGUUGCACAACAAAAAAGAUGAUUUCUGGGUUGUGUUGCACGGCAAUGUGCUAAAUCUGACGCCGCUUAUGAAAGAUCGAUGCGAUCACUGGAAUAGCAAUCUGGAAUAUUUACUCGCCUUCGGUGGCAAGGAUCUUUCGCAUUUCUUCGAGGAGACACUAAUGCCCAAAACCGAAGCUUCGCCGGUAACCGGCCGGCCGCGUCUACUCUUUCCACCUAUCCUAGAAACGGCGCUCAGCGAAAUGUGCAAGACAAAGGGCAAACUGUGGAGUCAGGAUCCAAUGUAUCAUAUCGGCCGCUUGACGAGGCGUGAUCGGCGCGUACGCAUCAUCAAUACACUCACCGGCACCACACAGCUGAUGAAGGUGUGCGAUGAGGAUACCAUUUAUGAUAUACAAUGCAAAUACAAGCAAUUGUAUAACCAUCAUGCCGGUAGCUACGUGUGGCGGAAAUUAUCGAAUAGGCUUCAAUGCGGCGUUAAAUUAAAUUUAAAAGGUACUUUGGACGAAAAUGGCUUGGUUGAAGAGGAAAAUUGUAAUUAUGAUCUGCCACCACCAUCAAUUUGGCUCUACUAUACCAAUGAUGUGACAAUCGCGUAA